AUGAAAUCCGGAUGGUCACUUCGCGCAGCCGGACGUGAGUUUGGAAUUCCUCGAUCAACUUUAUUAUUACAUCGAAAGAAUAAUGAACAUGGAACGCCGAACGAGGAGGAAAGAGCCGUGGGACAGUCGAACGAUCAGGUGGACAAUAUUAAAAUUGUGGAGAGAGGCCACAGAAUGGUGUUCAACGCUUCACAAGAAACAUCUAUCGAAAACCACCUUCUGCAUGCGUCAGACAUUUAUUUCGGAUUGACAUCGGUUCAAGUGCGAGCCUUGGCCUAUGAAUUUGCCAGACAACUGGAUGUUGACUAUCCGCCCUCUUGGAAUCGGGAUGAAUUGGCCGGCUUAGAAUGGUUUCGCUUUUUCAUGUCCCGACAUCCAAAAUUAUCGCUGAGAAAACCUGAAGCCACUAGCUUAGGCAGAGCCAGCGCAUUUAAUCCAACGAAUGUUGCUGCCUUCUUCGCUAAUUACUUUCAUGUAAUGAACGAAAUAAAGAUCGGACCAUGCGAUAUCUGGAAUGUUGAUGAAACGGGUGUAUCUACAGUGCAUAGAACGGUCCGUGUUAUAUCUCGCUGUGGUCGGAAGCAGAUCGGGCAAAUCACAUCUGCCGAGCGUGGACAAUUGGUGACACUUGUUCAAGCUGUAUCGGCAACUGGAAUGCGUGCACCGUCGUAUUUUGUGUUCCCACGCGCACGUUUCAAAGAGUGUUUUUUGAAUGGUGGGCCGUCAGGUUCAACUGGAGGAGCAAAUCCGAGUGGAUGGAUUAAUGCAGAGUUGUUUCUAGAAUUUUUGAAAAACUUUCAAAAAUUCACUCGCUGUGACCGUGAUUACCCUGUGCUUGUUCUGGUAGACAAUCACGAAUCGCAUCGUUCCUUGGCAGCACUGCAGUUUUGUCGAGAUAAUGGAAUUCAUGCUGUGUCCUUCCCGCCCCAUUGCUCUCAUCGCCUUCAGCCACUAGACGUCAGCGUAUUUGGUCCGUUCAAAACUGCGCUUAACAAGCAAUUCGAAUUAUUCUUGCGAAUGCAUCCAGGGCGCGGCAUUCAUAUUUUCGACAUUCCGGCGAUGGUGACACGAGCUCUAGAAGUGGGAGCUGAUGAAAGGAACAUAAAAGCCGGAUUUAAAGCCACUGGAAUUUGGCCGAUGGAUUCGGACAUAUUCAAAGAUAUCGAUUUUAUGCCGAGUGCCACAACCAAUCGAGCUGAACCAACAACUGUUGAAGACGAAAAUGAAAAUGAAGAGGAAAGAAAUGAACCAUCACACCAAGCAGAAGUAAAAGAAACCAUCGACCGAUCUCUAUUCCUAAGUUCGACAAUUGAAUCGCUUUCGCCAUUCCCGGAAGCUCCACCACGCAUUCAGAAGAAACAAAGAGGUCGUAAGCCAGGACGGACGAUGAUUUUGACAGAUGGUAAAGAAAUUGAAAAAAUCGAAGAAGAAGAAAGACAACGUCGUAUCAGUGAGAUAUCCAAGCAGGAUAAAAUCCAACAGCAAAAAGAGAAACGCAAAUAUUUAGAAAAUGUAAAAAUGGAAAAUAAAAAGCAACAAGAGGAAAACAAGAAGUUACAAGGAUUGAAAAAGAAGCAGCAAGAAGAGAGGAAGAAACUACAAGAAAUAAAGAAGAAGCAACAAGAAGAAAACAAGAAGUUACAAGAAUUGAAAAAGAAGCAGAAAGAAGAAAUAAAUAAACUACAAGAAAUAAAGAAGAAGCAACGAGAAGAAAUGAAGCUAGUAAAACAAGAGAAGAACAUAGAACAGUGA